UGCCUGAACCUUAUAAAGGGUGGGAACAGGUGUCAGGAAACAGACCCAUGAUGGAGCGAAACGCUUCCGACCCGGGCGUCUUGCUGCGUGAGUACGGUUUUGAGCGGCGGUUCGAUGGGAGAGGAGCUAUAGAAUGGAUGCAGGCGAACUGGAGCAAGUCGUUGGUGUUCUGCGUCCUGUACGUCGCCCUGGUGUUCGGAGGCCAGAGCUACAUGAAGCAGCGGCCCAGAAUGAACCUACGGCGGCCGCUGGUCCUCUGGUCGCUGAGUCUUGCUCUCUUCAGCAUUAUUGGGGCGGUCCGGACCGGUUCCUACAUGCUCCACAUCCUGACCAGCGGCGGUUUCAGACGCUCAAUCUGCGACCAGAGCUUCUACAACAAACCCGUCAGCAGGUUCUGGGCCUGGGCCUUCGUCCUGAGUAAAGCUCCAGAGCUCGGUGACACGGCCUUCAUCGUGCUGCGGAAGCAGAGGCUGCUCUUCCUGCACUGGUACCACCACGUCACGGUGCUGCUCUACUCCUGGUACUCCUACAAGGACAUGGUGGCCGGCGGCGGCUGGUUCAUGACCAUGAACUACGCCGUGCACGCGCUCAUGUACAGCUACUACGCCGUGCGCGCCGCCGGCCUGCGCGUGCCGCGGCCCUGCGCCGUGCUCAUCACCAGCGCGCAGAUCGUGCAGAUGGCCAUGGGGCUGGCGGUGACGGCGCUGGUGUACCGCUGGCUGCGGCAGGGAGACUGCCCGUCCCGGGUCGACAACGUGAGCUGGGCUGCGCUCAUGUAUCUCAGCUACCUGCUGCUCUUCUCCAACUUCUUCUAUCAGACGUACCUGCGCCGCUGGAGCCACGCAAAGACCGGCAAGAGCGAGUAGAUCGCUGCUCGACCCAUGGAGUCUGAAUGAAAAGGCAGAACUGGACGGAGUUCUGUUCAUCAGACGCUCUACAGCGGUUCUGUGGUGAACUCUGCCCUGCACUUGUAAAGCUCACGGGUGUUUUGUUCAUUGACUUUCUGUUCCUUGAAGCUCCAUGUCGCACUGGGUGGCUGCUGUGAUGACACCUGGGUCGUUUCACCUGUUAAACGCUCCUGACAUCUGGUUCAGAACUCUGUCCUGAUUUGUGCUGUGGAACCGAGGAGGCUGAGUUUACGUGUGGUUCUUCUCAUAAAUGUGCUUCUGCUGGAAAAGUUUAGUUUUAUUGAAUUUUUGUCUGACUUUUCUGUAUAAACUCCAGCUGUAUGGUUUUGAUAAACAUUUUAUUUAUUGAGGAAAAAUAAAGUUUAUUCUGUGA